ACGCGCGAGUUUGUGUCUGAGUGGCUGCUCUGUCACCGCUGGAUUAUUUAUUUACUUUCGCUGUUUUUCCGCCAUUCUUUGGGGAUCGCUCUUGCGAUGGCGGAGAAUCAGAUCGCCGGUGGUUCUCCCAAGCGUGUGUCGGUUAUUAAAACUACGCCGAUUAAACCCAAGCGCCUGGAUGUGAGCCCCACCAGCCCCGGCUUCAGUGAUUUUAUGGUGUAUCCGUGGCGAUGGGGUGAGAACGCCCACAAUGUCACUCUCAGCCCCGGCGCCCCGUUCAACGGUCCCGGCGCCAGGGAAGCCCAGUGCGGAGCAGCGGCAGCUCUGCACCGGGAGCUGGAUCACCUUUCACAGGACGGAACGAGACGAGGCCGACCAAGAGCGGAGUUAAUCCGCGAUCUGAUAAACGAGGGUGAACACUCCUCAAGCAGAAUCCGCUGUAACAUUUGUAACCGAGUGUUUCCUCGCGAGAAAUCCUUACAAGCUCACAAGAGAACACACACUGGUGAAAGACCUUAUUUAUGUGACUACCCAAAUUGUGGGAAAGCAUUUGUUCAGAGUGGACAACUAAAAACUCACCAGCGUCUUCACACUGGGGAAAAGCCAUUUGUUUGUUCUGAAACUGGCUGUGGAAGCAGAUUUACUCAUGCAAACCGUCAUUGUACCAAGCAUCCUUACGCACGUUUACGGAGAGAUGAGACGUCCAGCGGAGCAAAGAAAACGCAGGCUGCAGACAACACAGCUGUCGCAGAAUGGCUGGCAAAAUAUUGGGAAACCCGAGAACAGCGUACUCAUCCUGUGAAAAGCACUGGACAGAAGGCUGACCAGGAGCAGCAGGAUCCAUUGGAGUUCAUACAGUCUGAUGAAGAUGAAGAUGAGGAGAAAAAUGGAUCACAUGCUGCAGCAUGCCGACGUAUGCAGGAGCAACGGGAGCGACUGCAUGGUGCUCUGGCUCUCAUCGAGCUGGCGAACUUAACUGAAGCACAGUUGCGCCAGUAACUGCGAUGCUUACCUUUUAUGAAAUGGAACUGUCUGUGGACUAAGGUCCUACUAGUUCACCAGACAAGUUAUGCACCUUAUAUUUGCUUUUAAUAGGCUGCUAUUAUGUAGAAUUGAAGAUUAUGAAUGUUGUGGCCCUUGCUUAAAGGAGCACAAGUGUUAUGCACUUUUUGUCUGGAACAGGAUUAUGUAAAGUUUUAGUUUAGUAAAUAUUUCAAAGCUUUGAACGAAGGAUCAGAUUAUGUCAAGCAGGAAUUGAAUCUGCAGGUGCUGAAUUCUAGGUGUAGCAGGAGUAUUUGACUUGUGUUUUUCGUGCAAAAUUUGCACUCUUUGGAAUGUAAGAUGAGCAGUGCCUUUCAAGAUGAUAAAGAAAGAUAUCAGACUUCUGUUAAGCUUCAGUGUUCACUUUUCACUGGCAACAUUAUGGGCUUAGAAACAAAGAUAUAAUAAUUAAGUUAACAAAACAAAAUUUAUGAUGACAAUUUAACUGUUAUUUUUAUCUGGCACUAACUGCAUUGCAAGUAUAACUCAUUGUUCUUGUUUAAAGUUUAAAUUUCCAGCAUUUCAGCUGAGUCAUGGUCUAAAUCCUAUAAUUUUUUUAAUUAUUAAAGGCUGCUGCAUUCCAAGACUUCUUCAUUUCAUCAAAUCUUUACAACGCACUGAUGGUACAUGUAUCAAACUCUUCUACUUCAGAAUUGCUACUACAUUGGAAAUUUGGUGCUGUGAUUUCGAUUUGCCAAUUAUCCACAAUGAAUAAAUGCUCUCUACAAUUAGCAUUCUAGCAAGCAACUUCAGCUUAGUUGAAAUAAAUGAACCAAAUAAUACUAGAAUUGGAAAGGAGCACUUAAUUUAAUGGAACCUAUUUUAUAACAUGAAUGCAUAUCAAUCAGAGUUCCAAUAGCAUAAAUAUGCUUUGAUCCGUUUAGGUAAAAAUACCAUAAAAGGAUUCUUGGUAGUGUCACUACUCUGAGCCAAGAGGCUUGCGUUCAAAUCCCACCUGCCCGACAUGUAUAAUAAUAUCGCUAAGCAGGUUGAUUAGGAAAUAUCUAAAAAUACCAUGAAAAUACCUUUGAAGUUUAUUGCAUGGACUAAACGUUGACCAUAAUGUAAGAUGCAGCAUUAUCUGAAAGUACCACUGAACUAGAUUACUGUAUUCAACUUGUAAUAGUCUAAUUUUAAAUAAACUAGCUUGGAAUUUGAAAGAGCAAUUGGACUUGUUUGCAGCCAGUUGAAGCACUGAGAAAAAUAUUUUUGCCCUCCUUAAUGGUUGUUGGUAAAUAGCCACAGCUAAUCUAACUGGGCAUGAUUAUUUCGAAUAGAUGGUCAUGAGCACUUAAACCUACUUGCUGAAGUUUGGUUUCACUGAAGUGAACAAUGAACGCAUAGCACUUGGGCUUUUCCUUAUAGCACUAAAAGUAUAGAUGGCCAUGGAUUUCUGUUCCAGACAAAUAUUGACAAAUCGCACCUUUUGUUUGUUUAAAUGCAACUUGUAUUCCAUCGCGCAAUCCUGAGAGGCCUUGGUCUUGAUAUGGAGAAAAUGAUUUGAGUAAACUGGUGUCACUCAAAAAAUGCUGUGGAUUCUUGUACUUAAAUGCAUAUAGUGUGCAUUGCUGCCCAGGUACUACAAUCUUGUGUAAUAAGCCCUAGAAACAGUGAAAACGCUGAUUUUUAAACAACCUGCAUUAAUCCUAAUGUGAAAAAUGCAGGCUUGGAGGCCUACUAGAGAAAUGUGGUACUGAUUAAUUUUAAUUGUGUAAUGAAGUUUGAAUUGGGUGACCAUUGGUGAUGGAAGAAGUUUUGUUGAAUUUCCUGUUGGCAACACUAAAUUGUUUUGCUUUGUAUCAAUAGUUUUAUUAUAAUCAUAUUGCAGUUUUAUAGCUUGCCAUUAUUGCUUUGUUGCAGUGUCAAAUUUUUUAAAAAAUCCUCUUACGUGGCUGGACUACUUCGCUCUGUUUUCCAGUAAUCCAAUAUGUUCUGCUUUUUCUUUUACCAUUUAAAUAUAUACUUACUGCAUGAAGUUUUUAAUUCUAUAAGUUGACAAGCUUGAAAUGCAGUUUUGGUAUAGAAUUUAACAGCUGUCAUUACUGCAUCAACGUUACACGGUUGCAAUAAACAGCAUUAGCUAAAGCAACCAAGUUUGAAUAAUUUGGUCACUUUCCAAAAAAAAAAGGCAGACUAGCCUCAGUAUCAAACAGAAAAAAAUUUGUGGGAUUCUAAACCUAUCACAUCAGUUCAGUUUCUUUUCAAUACUUCCUUCAUCAGCUAACAAGGUUUUGUAAUUGAAACUUAUUUAUUUUAGGUUUGAUUCAAAUCAAACUGAUGACUGUUCAAUAUAUAUUUUGUUUCAAUGAAGAAGAUGGACUGCACUGGAGAUGUAUGAGCCUCUUGAGUUUUUGUUUUGUUUCAAACUAAAUGUCAUAGUAUGUUUGUAGGUGGUUUAGCUUGUGUUCAGUGACAACCCUUCAAUUAAAUAAAAUGAUCACAGUCAGGAGUAUAAGUUGUUAAUUUUACUUUUCUCUGCUACAAUAUGCAUCUAUCUGCUUGGUAAAGGUUUGCAAACUAACAAAGAAUAUUAAUAAUUUUUACAUCUAAAAAGAUUUGGACAAUAUUGUAGAAAUUGAAAGUUCAUACAACUCCAGUUUGUGGGAGGUAAUUGGAUGUUGAAAGGUUUUUGAACAGGAUGCCUGUUUUUCUCAGUUUUAUUUGUUAAGAGUUUGUGAAAUUCAAUUGCUCUGUCACCAAUACUAAUUUAAGAAGAUUUGCAAGUCAGACCAGAACUUGAGUGUGACUGACGGAGACAUUUGUCAUUUGGCCUUGAAAGGCUCAUGAUUACUGUUCAUUAUUUGUACAAUGAAGUUACAUUGCUGCACAUUAUAUUCUAAAAUUGAAUUUGUAUUCUUUUUUCUUUAAACUUGCUGUCUUUUGUCUUUGUAUCAUGUAUUGGUCUAUGCCGAAGGAAGAAAUGUGAAGUUGGUUUAUCUCCAGGCCUCUACAAAGUUUCUAUAAGUCUCAUUGGCCUCAAGUAAACCUUUCCUUCUCCGUUGGCUGAGAUCUGAUUUCAUCUUAGAGUUUGUCAGAAGUUACCUUCAAAUUUCACUAAUUAAAGAGCUAUGAUAAUAUUUCAAGCUAACUGUACUCGUGAGUCAUAGUUUGGUUGCAGAUGUAACCUGAUAGUGGAAUUUAGAAGGUGGAGGACUUUUGAGGCGUCUUUGAAUUGUUGACUUGUUGGGCCACUGCUGCUUUAAGGGUGAACUUUUCUGACUGCACUUAACCUUGUUUUGUUCCAUGUACCUAUUAUUGAUGUAAAAGAAUUAAAUAGUUCAUCAAAAAUCAAUAAGGAUCUACUAACUUAAAGGAAGAAUAGGAUGACAAAUGGCCUGUCUGGAGAAAGUCAAGGUCUAGUCUCUCUCUGGGGAAAUGCUGAUUCUGUUAGGAAUGACAAUGUUUUCAUAAGUGUCAUUUUUUGGUUGUUUAAUGCAUGUACUUUUUUGCACUGGAGUUGGAUACUCAGAUAAUAUUUCUUGGGUUUUAAUAUUUUUAGAAGGAAUCUGAUCAGUUGUAAGUUUUCUGGGGCUUUGUUUUAAUAAGGCUGCUUUAUGUACUUGGAUUCAAGUGCCAAAUUCACUUUUAUUUCCCUAAUUUUGCUGAGCAUUUUUUCCCUCUCAUUGUAUGAUUAUCAAAUUGUAAAAACCAAGACUGCCACCUGCUAGAAUCUGCCUUUGUUCAUUUAAAAAAACCUGGUAAAUCUACUGAAGUUUUAAAUUCAUUAUUAUUCAAUAAAUAUCAGUAGUGCUAAAA